CGAGGAUGAGGAGGAGGGCGGAGGCGGAGGGGAGGGCAGAGGGUUGGUGGAGCUGGAGGAAGCUCGGGCGACGACUCGGAGGAGGCGGGCGGCCCAGGCCCUAGGCCCCUCCCAGGCUGCGAGUCUCCCGGCUGCAGGCGGAUGGAUGGGGCGUCUCCAGGCGGCGGCGGCAGCAGCGGAGGCGGCGGCAGCGGCGGUGGCUAUGGUGUGGUGGCUCGAUUCUCCCAGUGCCUGGCUGAGUUUCGGACGUGGUUAAGAACCAACUGGUUGAGGUUCAAUGCAGACAAGACGGAUGUGAUGCUGAAAAUGUGCAUCAGAUGUUUAUGUUUAAUUGGUUUACAGACUGUCUCUGGAUUCUUUUCCUGUCAAAUUACAAGCCAUCUGUUGAGUCUUCAAGUCCAGAAAUGGAGGAAAUGUUUGACUGCCCAUGAAAGUACAGGAGGCUCAGCAACAUCAGAGGACCAUGAGUUUGAUCCAUCAGCUGACAUGCUGGUUCAUGAUUUUGAUGAUGAGCGAACAUUAGAAGAAGAAGAGAUGAUGGAAGGAGAGACAAACUUCAGUUCUGAAAUAGAGGAUCUUGCAAGGGAAGGCGACAUGCCAAUCCACGAGCUUCUCAGCCUCUAUGGUUACGACAGCACUGUUCGGUUACCUGAAGAAGAUGAGGAGGAAGAGGACGAGGAGGAGGAAGGUGAAGAUGAUGAAGACGCUGAUAAUGAUGACAACAGUGGCUGUAGUGGGGAAAAUAAAGAAGAGAAUAUAAAGGAUUCAUCGGGCCAGGAGGAUGAAACUCAGUCUUCCAAUGAUGAUCCCUCCCAGUCUGUCACUUCCCAAGAUGCUCAGGAAAUAAUUCGUCCCCGUCGAUGUAAAUAUUUUGAUACAAAUAGUGAAAUAGAAGAAGAAUCGGAAGAAGAUGAAGAUUAUAUUCCAUCAGAAGACUGGAAAAAGGAAAUCAUGGUGGGCUCCAUGUUUCAAGCUGAGAUUCCAGUUGGUGUUUGUAGAUACAAAGAAAAUGAAAAAGUAUAUGAAAAUGAUGAUCAGCUUCUGUGGGACCCAGAAUAUUUACCAGAAGAUAAAGUGAUUGUAUUUCUUAAGGAUGCAUCCAGAAGAACAGGUGAUGAGAAAGGUGUAGAAGCAAUUCCUGAAGGAUCUCACAUAAAAGACAACGAACAGGCUUUAUAUGAAUUGGUUAAAUGCAGUUUUGAUACAGAAGAAGCCUUGAGAAGAUUGAGAUUUAAUGUCAAAGCAGCUCGAGAGGAAUUAUCUGUGUGGACAGAGGAAGAGUGUAGAAAUUUUGAACAAGGGCUGAAGGCCUAUGGAAAAGAUUUUCAUCUGAUCCAGGCUAAUAAAGUCCGAACAAGAUCAGUUGGUGAAUGUGUAGCAUUCUAUUACAUGUGGAAAAAGUCUGAGCGUUAUGAUUUCUUUGCUCAGCAAACAAGAUUUGGAAAAAAGAAAUAUAAUCUUCAUCCUGGUGUAACGGAUUACAUGGAUCGUCUUUUGGAUGAGAGUGAAAGUGCUGCUUCAAGCCGAGCACCAUCCCCUCCCCCUACUGCAUCAAAUAGUAGUAACAGCCAGUCGGAGAAAGAAGAUGGCACUGUCAGCAAUAGUAAUCAAAAUGGUGUGUCAUCUAAUGGACCAGGUGAACUACUAAACAAAGAAGAAGUAAAAGUUGAAGGCUUACAUGUUAAUGGACCAACAGGUGGAAAUAAGAAAACACUUCAUACCGAUAUGGACACUAAUGGUUAUGAAGCAGAUAACCUGACCACUGACCCAAAACUUGCCCAUAUGACUGCAAGAAAUGAAAAUGAUUGUGAUGAAAAAAAUGAGAGACCUGCCAAAAGGCGACGGAUAAACAGCAAUGGGAAAGAAAGUCCGGGUUCGUCUGAAUUCUUCCAGGAGGCAGUCUCGCAUGGAAAGUUUGAGGAACAUGAAAACACAAAUGACUAAGUCCUAGGCCUGUGUUACUUUCUUUGCAGUAAAUUCUGGUGUGACUACAAUUUUCAGGGUUGGUGGGUGACCUUUAGAAAGCUGAUUCCUUGAAGUAGUUGGUUCAUCUUGAUGUUUGAAUUGAGUCCUCACGUUAAGAAAUGGGAUUCAUAGUUCCACCUUUUCCAAGUUCUUUUACUUUAAAUUGUUGAAGACCUCUUUAAGGAUAUAAAAACAUUGGUAAAUUUGAAUCACCCAAAGACUUAUCUGUACCUUCUCAUUUGAGAUACUAAUCAUAAAUUUGACUAAAAGGUAAUUUUUCCUUAUUUUUAAGAGGAAGAAUAGUCGGGGAGGGGGGGAAAACAAGUUUGGGUUUCUGCUCAGUACCAAUUUCUUGAUUAUCUAGAAAUGUCUUUACAACAGACAUUUUUCUCUCUUUACAAAUUGAACUAAGGAAACCCUCAUGAAUCCUGAAGGUUAUGCUAGCAUGAUUUUUAUAUGUAGAAGUUUAAAAAUAAACCAAGUCAGGUUUGUAUUUGUAAAAUUGUUGACAUCAAUGAUGUCUUUCCAUAUUCUUAUCUGGGCUUAAGAAAUACAUUCUGUAUUUUUCCAGAUUCUUUGUAGCCUUUGAAAGAUUUUUACAGUACAUAUGUCUUGACUGAGCUGUCUUUUCUUAAUACAAAAAGCUUGUAUAAUUUUCUUAACUUGUACAGUUGGUAAACUUUUAUGAGAGGAACUGAUAUUCUGAGUCUGUCAGCUUUCAUUUUAUUUUGCUAAGAUUUUUCUAAUGAAUUUUUAAGUGUGUGUAGUUAACCAAGUCAUGUUUCUUAUCCAGGUGGUAAAAGCAUUCAUAAAGAAUUAUAAACAUAUUUUUUUUCAAACUUCUACUUAUGGACAAAUAAUUUGGGGCCUCUGGAGUUCAGCAUGAUACUCAAGACUGCAAGCUUGUUUGCAUUUGCUAUAGUUUCCAAAAUUAUUUUUGAAGCAAAACAAAGACUUACUGUCAGCUUAAAUACGUAAAUGUAUUGUGCUGAAUAGAAUCCUGUUCUGUUACUCUUGUGCACUAUAAGAUUUCCCGUUGUUUUCAUUAAGUCAACAGAAAGGAAAGACCAGGUGAUUUUGAGAUAUUGUCACAUCUAUAAUAACUAUUGACAGGUAGCAAUGUUGAUUUUUAUGAGAAAAUAAUGGUUUUAAGAAUUUUCAGACCUUUCCAGUUACAAUCCAGUUUGUCAGAUUUGAUACUGUUUUUUCCAAAAUGAAACAGAUCCAAAAUCAUCCUUCUGUGUUUUUUAAAAGGAUUAUCUGUGUGCACUAGCCUUGUAAGGAUGGGUGCCAUUUUAUUUUCAGUCUUAAAUUCUUCUUAUAAAAAUGUAGUUUUAUACAGCUGAUAGACCAAUCUAUCUCCAAACUUUUUUUAUUAAAGGAUUAUUAGCUAUCUUUUUCUCACACAGACACAUCCCCAAAUGCUGCUUUUAGUUUGUUCCCAGCCCUCAGUUCAAGAGCCAGUGCUUUAAAGGCAGCUUGGGUAAAGGUUUGCACUGAGAAUGACCGUCCAGGCCUCAUCCCUCAGAGUGUUCUUAUGUUUGUCCAGACUGCUUCCCUUAACCAAUGGGAAUAACUUUUUCUUUUCCCCAAUCAGUAUUGGAAGCCACUUUGACAACAUAUCAUAUACAUACACUGUUUUUGCAUAAAUACCCAGUAAAUCAGUUUCAGAUGGAAGUACUGAGAAGCAUGAGGGGUUUUUGUUUGUUUGUUUGUUUUACUGAGAAAAAAUUAAUUUAUCCAGAAUGGCAGUAGGUCAAGUAGCUUUAGCAAAUAGCCAUGGCCCCUGUCUCCCUUCCUACCCCUACCCAUAUCCCUCCCUCCCUCCCUCCCUCCCCCUCCCCUCCCCCCCCUCCUCUCCUUUCCUCUCCUCUCCCUCCCUCUUUCUUUUCCUUUCUUUUUUUAAGACAGAGUCUCACUGUGUAGCCCAGGCUGGCCUGGAACUUAAAAUCCUUCUAUCUCAGCCCCCUGAUAAUGAGGUUGGAGGUAUUUCCCACCACACCCAGCUAUAGUCUUAUUUUCUAAAGCAUAUUUUAUUAAAUGAGUCCAGGUCAUCCUAGCUCUUUGUCACAGAUGAUCUAUAAAAAUGUUUUAAAAGAACAGUGAUGUUGUGCUUCUCAAUCAUUGCAAUAUUGGAGGUGUCAUGUCCACCUUUUUAAAGAUCCAUCUGGUGUGCAAGUUUGUGGAGUUCUUGAAACUUGUUACAGGAACAUUUUUAAGGAAAUUCUCAGGCAUGAUGGCAAGUGUGUCAGAUGUAUAAAUGUUAAUAAACCUUAUUUUUCUUUUUAAAGUAUGCAUAAUGAAAAACAUUCCACUAAUAUGUGAUGCUCAGCUUUUCCCAAAUACUUUAUUGUGUUCUGUGUUUCUACAGGGAUUUUACCCUUGGCUCUUCAAUGCAACCACUGUAACUUGAGAAGUCAUUGCACUAUUUAAACAUCUUGACAAUAUCAUGAAUCUAAUUUGCUUAAGAUUUAGUACUUUUCAUAACUCUUGAGCUCUUAAUAGUUGAGAUGAGAAAAGAAGCCUUUCAUUAUGGGCAGGGGAUGAGCUCAGUUGGUUGAAUGCUUGCACCAGCAUGCGUAAAGCCCUGGGUUCCAUCCCCAGUUCCACAUAAACUAGGUGUGGUGGUGCACACCGGUAAUCUCAGCACUUGGGAGGUGAAGGCAGGAGAAUCAGAAGUUCAAGGCCAUCCUCAAGUACACAGUGAGUUUGAGGUCAGCCUGGGAUACCUGAGACUCUGUCUCAAAAAGAAAAGUUUCUGUUGGUAGUUAUGUAGGUCCUAGCAAAGCACUGUCAUUUUCAUUUGGAAUAUAUAAUGUUUUAUGAUGUAUGCUCAAUAAGGUUCAGAAUCUGUAACUCAGUUCAACAAAAUCCGUUGAGCUUUAAAAUGUAUUUGAAGUAAUAUUUAAGUAGGCAUUUAAAAUUAUGAAUUAGAUGUUUUUAAAUUUCUGCAUAAUAAUUUUGCACUGUAAAAUAUGUCCCUUCUCCCAUUUCCUUCUGCCAUUCUGAUAUGCUCAUUAAAAUAUUUUUGUAAACAUA